AUCAUACCCGUAUGCUUUUCGAACUCAUCCAAGAGGUGAAGGGUCUUAGAACCGACCUGAAAGAUACAAGAAAUGAGAUAAAACAGUUCAAGGAGGAUCUACAAGCGUGCUGCAGUCGAAUAAGUUCAAUCGAGGAAAAGGUUCACGAGGUUGAAAAAAAACUCGAGACAAAAACAUUCGCCAAUGAUCACCUCGAGAGUACGGUAGCCGACCUGAGGUUGCAAUUGAAUGAACGUGACCAAGAGUUGCUGUUAAACGAUAUCGAAAUAGCUGGACUGCCAGAGGAGAGGAGCGAGAACGCCCUUCAUCUCGCCAGCGUUGUCGCUGUAAAGCUUGGGCUAACACUGGAGGAGCGCGACAUCGUGCACGCGGAACGGCGGGGAGCCGUGCGGCGCAACCGUGGCGAGGGCGAGGGCGCGUCGCAGCAGCCGCGACCGCUGGUCGUACGGCUGGCACGCCGCGCGCAGCGCGACGCCAUGCUGCGCGCCGCACGUGUCCGCCGCGGCCUCUCCACUGCUGACAUGAACCUCGCUGGAACGGUCAGGAAAGUUUACGUCAACGAACACCUCACGCGCAACAACCGGCAACUGUUCGGUAAGACCCGCGAGGCUGCUUCCCGUGCACAAUGGAGGUACGUGUGGACAAAAGGUGGACAGGUAUUUACAAGGAAGGAUGAUGGUAAGGUCGUAGAACGCAUUCGCACCGAAGGAGAUAUAAACAAAAUUUUUGGUCAAUAAUUAGUUUGGCUAUAAGCAACGCUAUAAUAAAUUAUAAUAUCACAACACGUAUCUCUUAUAAAUUAUCAGGCAUUUAUUACAUUUAUUUUAUACAUUUAUUCA